AUGUCUACGCAACCACACGGACGCCAAAUUGUGGAAAGUAGAAGUACAUACGAUUAUCAUAGACAACAAAGUAUAGACGGUAAACAGCGUGAAAAGCGUGACAGACAAGAGAGACAUCUCGGGAAAACCAAAUUGAGUGGUGACAAAAACGCUCCGAAUGCCACCACCUUAUCAGACGAUCAACAUAGAAAAACGAAUGCACAGGUAAUUGUUAAGACUGAACAGCAUUUAGAUGAAAACGUGAAACGCAAAUCAAAAGCUGAAAAAUCAUAUUCUGAGGAUUAUAGAAGGGAUCAUGUCCCUCCUAUUAAACGUGACAUCAGUGAUACUGUAGGCACUGACGUUAAGUCAAAGAAAAGACUUCUGGUGAAGCAGCCAACACAUGGCAAAUUUGAAUUGAAAGGGAAUGAAAAUGUCAUUCAGCAAGGUAAAUUCGGACACGCAGUCCGUACAGGAGUCAUUCCUUUACAAAGUCUUAACAGAAAACAAUUCCCAUCACAUGGUACUCUGAAUACUAAGGAAUAUGAGAAAAAAUAUAAAGAAAGGAUUAGACUUAAGGACAAGUCUUUCUCUACGGACGACAGCAGAUAUAGUGGUCACGUAAAAAUAAACACAAGUGCUAUUAAAAGUGAUUUUACCGACGGGAAAAAGUCGGUUGCAUUUUGUUCCAUACAUUCCUCUAACAGCAGCUACGACGGUAACGACAAAGCUAUAAUAUCGAGUACUGACGCCAAAGCAUUAAAGCCGUCAGAAGGCCAGCAUAAACAAUUUCUUUCUCCGGAAAGUGUUCCCAUGCUGGAGAAGUCAAAGAGCCUACAGCGCUUAGCUAACCAAAGUUCCACAGAAACCAGCGGUCUUGGAGAAACCAUUACAUCAGGCUUGAGCUCCCAGGAGAGUAUUCUGAGUUAUUACAGUGGUGCCAGGACUGGUAAUACAGAACAAGCUUCUGCUCAUCAUGAUCAAGGUAUCGAUUUAAGAGAAGAUACCAGAAAUAUACGCCACGAAGGUAAUGGUACAUUUGGGACACGAAUUAUUGAUUCCGAUAAUAUAAUUAAUCAUACAAAUGAGCCUAAGAAAAGCAAUAGAGGUACGUAUAGUGUUGAUCUUACCGACAAGAGUGGUGUAAGUAUAUCAGUACUAGAUACGGACGGAAAACAGUUAGAAAAAAGCCAUGGUGCUAGUGGAAUUGUUAGUUCAGAUGGAAACAAGGGGGUAAAAGGCAAUAUGACUAGCAGGCCAUCGGAUCAUUUGACUGUUCGUGGCUAUAAGCCACCUCUAGAUUUCAGGAGCAAUGAUGUCAAAAAACCGGAUAACCUGCCGAUGUUCAGCGCAAAUGUCGGUCCGGACUUUGAUUCUUUGUUCACACAGAGUAAGAAUCUUAAAGUUCCACCGGCAGCCGUUGGAAUUCAAAUUGAUCAAAUCAACAACGAAUGGAAUAAACAUAAACGCAGCUCUUCCAUAAAAAGUAGGUCGUCACAGGGAUCGUUUAGAUCACGAUCCGGCUCAACCAGAAGAUCAAAACGAUUUUUAGCUCAAUCGGAGUCGCAAUGGAUGAAAUGGGGACGGGAGAGACGUCAGUCUUUUAGACGGCGCAUGGAACAAUUAGAAAAGCCACCGGAACCGGAAAUUCCUCGUGCUUCAACGCCUGUCAAAAAAGCGCGGCAAGAAGGACUAAUGUUUAUUCAUCCGGAUUUAGGGAAUAAAUACAUUUCGGAGGAUGAUAUUAAUUACAUAAAAAGACAUAAACAGGAACGAUUGAAAACAUGCAAACUCAUCGAAAAAUCGAAAACAAAGCUGCAUCACGAGGCUCAUGACAUUAAUCGUCUGACUCCAGACGAACUUAUGACUUUGUCCCGAUUCUGGGAACAUCGCGUGUUCGUGCGCACGAGAUACGUGUCAAUCUUGCUCAGUCUGGUGACAACAGUGAUCUAUGUGCUCAGUAUCUGCUCAACACAGUGGGUAACAUACCCAUCGCCAGGGGUUAUGGACCACUACGCUCAUGAAGGUCUAUGGUUCAAGUGCCAUCCUAUUCAGAGAAACAAUCGUUACACAGAGUCAUGUGAGGAUCCGACCGGGAGGAAUUGGCAAAAUGCAGUUAUAGGGCUUAUGAUAUUUUCUGCAGCCUUCGGAUUUGUGGCAGCCAUUCUAGCUAUCUGUGGUGUAUGCACGUCACCAUUACCAAAGAAGAUAUACUAUUUUCACUCUGCUGGGGAGAUAUUUUUCGUUUGUGCAUUGUCUACAACUGUUGCCUUAAUCAUAUACGCAGUAGCAAUAUCUACGGACGAAAGUAUUCAUUCUCACACCUACGGCAGUGGUUAUGGUUUAGGAUGGGGUGGCACCGCCUUUUUCUUCGCCGCAUCCUUUUGUAUGAGCCUUGAUGAACUCGUGCGUGAGUCCGCACAAAAUAAGUGCUGUAGAUAUUUAUGUUGGAGGUCAAGGUCAAACGAUAGAGACAAUUCGCAAAAUGUAUGACGGCGAUUGGAUAAUGUAGAUUUGUUAAUAAAUUGAAAACAUCAAAAUAGUAUGUACAAAAACAAAAAGAUAGAAUUGUGUUCUUUGAUGGAUUUGAGUUAAAAGAAGAGAUUUGCUUUUACUCGUUACUCAAUAUACAUGAUAUUUGACUUGUCUGUACAACGUACAGAAAUCCAAGCAACAUUUGCAACUUGCAUUCCAACACAAAAUACAUGAUGUGCAGGAUUUCAAAUUGUUUUUUAACACGUUCAGGACUCCAGCUUGACAUUAUGAGAUAUAAGAUUUCAUGAGUUCAACAUCCAGGGAGUGCUUGCCUCGGUUUUGUCAGUAUGAGCUUAGAAACUUAGUCUUAAAUUGUAAGCGUUUGAUUGGUUGUAUCAGGUAGCACAGUCUUCAAAUUGGUGCAUAGAAAAGUUUUAACACAAUAUUUCAACCAUGACAUACGGCGUUACAGUAUGUAGCGUUAUGUUGUAGUACGUCCACAAAAUCUAGGGGAGAAAUAGUAGAGGUUUCGUAUAACAUGUGGUAUUCCUGUCGUCAUGAUUAUAAGAUACCUUUAAAAUACGCUGAUUUUCUUAUUCUCAUUACAACGUAUGUAGCAAAUGAGAUGUUGAGAACAGUACUAUUUAGCCACAAUGAUAAUGUUCCUAGUUACAAAUGUUUGUUUUUAUUAAGGUAAUGAUCCAACGCAUCGUUGCUUUCCCAAUUAGAUAUUCAUCCUUGUUUUUUUUUUCAAACAACAGCAUGUGUUUAAUAAAUCAUAUAUUUAAUGACUUGUUACAUUUUUAUCAAGAUUUUUACAAUACUUUUGCUGCAAAUUUGUACUGUUCAAUUAGUAUCUUUUGUUGACCAGUAUAAAUAUUUUAUAUGAUAAAGUAAUAAUGUUAAAUCAAAAACAGCAAAUAUUAUAUACAUCUGUGGGCAGUGGAUUUUAUAUUUUUUGUUGAGACCUUGUUUGUAUAUACGUCAUAUUCUAUUUUUUAUUUUGUGCAAAGUAAAUACAACUACAUGUACGUGUGCACAAUAUCCAGUAAUGGUAAUUCUUGCUUAUAAACAUUUUGUUUUCACCCAGCAUAAAGUUUUCUUUGGCCUGAAUCCUUUUUCAAGCCACAUGCUUUUUCUACAUAUUACAGUAGUACUUAUUGUUAUACAUGUAAUAGUAUACAUACUGAAUAUUUCGCUGUUUCUUUUAGUUUAAGCAUUGUAUGCGAAAUACUUUGAUUUUUUUUUGUGAACAGCAAAAUACUCUGUCACUCACAAUUUCAAACGAGCUAAAGCCUUAAGUUUUUUUGUAAUGGUUGUAUGCUAAGCAGUGGCAUUUGAGGGGUAUUUCUCACUGUAUGUGUGUUUCUAAGUAAAACCUAUGUGACAAGAGUUAUCUUCUAGUAUCUCGAAUCUAUUAUAAACACCUUAUAAGGUUAGCAACCUGUGAUUUGAUAUGUUUAUAUUUGUAUUUGUGUGUUUUUCCUUUUAAUACUUCUACUAUUGACACAUCUAAUUGACGCACUUUUUAGCGUGCCGGAACUUUGUUCAGGGUUUUGCUAUUGGUGUAGGUGCUUAGUCCGGCGUCCUUCGUCCAUCUUUCUGCAUCAACAUUUUACUAAAAUAAUUUCAUUUCAGAAACUACUGGUCAGAAUGAAACAAAGCAUUUCUGAAGCAUCCUGAUAUAGACCUCAUUCAAAUUUGUUUAAAUUGUCCCUCUUGGCCCCCUUAAAUAGCCACCAGAGCUAAAAACAGAAGAAAAAACAUUUGAACGACAUAUACUCAAUUAUCCACAUAUUGGACGAUCAUUUAUUUAACUUGGACGAUGUUUAAUAUUCUUGUAAGAUCCUCUCCACUUUGUUCAAAUUUUUCCGCUUGACCCAUUGUAAGACUCGCAUGAGCUAAAAACAUUAUAAACAGACAACUUCUACUCAUUUGUGGAUCUUCUACUCGUUUGUGGAUCUUCAUUAAACUUGGUCUGUCAUAUCCUAUAAUGGUCUUCUCUGAAGUUUCAAAUGGUUUAGCUUGUAGUCAACUUCCUCUCAUGAACCACUUUACCAGAUAUAGUCACAUUCGUUCAAAUGCUUCCGCAUGGUCCCUUUAAGGGUCCCAAAUCUAAAAGAAGAAAACAAUUUAAAUUAUUUCUUCACAAGAACCAGUUGAUGGCUCUUCACCAGACUUGGUCUGUAGCAUCAUUGUAUAGUCAUAGUCCUCACUUAGAUUUAUUCAAAUGGUUUGUCUAGCCCUCUUUCAAGGUCGGCAAUAGCUAAAAAAAGCUUUGAAACAAAUUCUUCUCAACUUGAUAGAUCUUUACCAAACUUGGUCUGUAGCAGCCUUGUAUAAGCUUUUAACACAUUUGUUUAAACGGUUGUGUUUGACCCAUUCUCGGGGCCACCAGAUUGGAAAGUAGAAAAAUAUUUAAAUGAUUUUUUUAUGGAUCUUCACCAAACUCGGUCUGUAGCAUUCGUCUAUGAACCGACCUGUCUUACUUUUUCUUCAAAUGGUUCCUCUUGGCAUCUUUAAGAGACUGUCGCAGACCAAAAUAGACCAAAAUAUUUAGAUAACUUUUAGUGAACUGCUUCAUGAAUGUUCACCAAACUUAGUCAAGAGGAAGGUCUAUAUGUCUCAUUCAUCCUCAGAUAAGCGACGUUGGACCAUUGGGGCCUCUUGUUAUAAUUUUAUUGAUUUCAAAUCAAUUUCUAGUGUUCUGAAAGUAUGCUCAGUUGUAUUUACAAAUACAAAAACAGUGAAAUAUCAUUUUACCAGAUAUAUGACAUCUAUUCUAUUCGAUAAUUACGUUUCCUGUAACAGAUGUUAAUAUUUUAUCAAGGCAUUUAUAAUACGUAGGAAUUCUGUAAUUUUGUAAGCUGUCAAAAUGAUUAACAUGUUUCUUUUUGUUUUCAAAUCAAGUAAAAACUAAAGUUAAACUCUAGAAAUUGAUUUGUUCAUUUUGGACAAUUUGUAUGGAAGUGUUAGAAGGGCAUAUAAGUUGAGAAAAUACUUAUUUUGUAAAUUUUUGAUAAUGCGAAUCAUGUCUGUAUGUUUAAAGAAUUAACUUUAUCCUACUAUGUAGCACAACUAAUACCUUAAAAUUCACAAGCAAAUAUUGUUUUGUUUUAUGUCAUGAGUGAGACUGUAUUUGUGUUCAAAUGUAUUAAUCACUAUUAAUUUCCAUUUGCUGUAGUCCUUCCGGCUACUUAUAAUAUAUAUAACUGGUUUAUCCGUUUUAUAGAAUCAAAAUGUGAUAAUAUGUAGAAUAAGAGCCAUUUGGUGUCAUUUGAACAGAUAAACUAAACUCAGAACACGAGGUUUCUUUUUUCACAUGAUAGUUUUUUACCUGUGUUUUACACUACACUUUUUGAUAAUAAUUAUAGCAGUUGUUCAGUUUUCUUUCUUCAUUGGCCGUAUUUCCUGCGAUUUCAUAUCAUAAGAAGUGUAAUUUGACGUAAUGGUAGAUAGUUGUCAUGGCUUGAAAUGGUUUCAAAGGAAACGUAUAACUGGUCGCUAUUUGACCAAACACUUCUUGAGGUUUCAAUAAAAUAAUGUAUAAAAUCUAGACACCCGGACGUAAACUUCCAUAAAAAGAAAACAUGUCUAUAAAGUGUCUAUUCAAAUAUGACAUAAUAUACUUGGAUAUGCUUUGAAUAUAUAAAAUAGACUACGUUUUGAAUAUAUGUUUGUCAAACGAACAACAAUUAACUUACAUUAAUAUUUCAUUAGUUUUCAUUAAGUUUUUACGGUAACACUCCGAGCAACAGAUUAGUGUAAGUCGUUUGAUGUAUACUUUGCCUUAUUACACAAUAAAUGAGCCAUGCCAUGAGAAAACCAACAUAGUGGGUAUGCGACCAGCAUGGAUCCAGACCAGCCUGCGCAUCCGCGCAGUCUGGUCAGGCUCCAUGCUGUUCGCUUUUAAAGCCUAUUGGAAUUGGAGAAACUAUUAGCGAACAGCAUGGAUCCUGACCAGACUGCGCGGAUCCAUGCUGGUCGCAUACCCACUAUGUUGGUUUUCCCAUGGCAUGGCUCAAAUUGUUUCGCAAAUCAUUAUUCCUUGACAUUCAAUUUCAUUUCGCCUUGAGAGGCAUCAUAAUCACAUAUUAACAUUUUGCAUUAUCAUGUCCGCUUAAUAUGAAAAGUAAUUUAUUCGCACGAUGUAAAAAGAGCAUAAUUAUCAUAUAAUUGUAUAAAUCAAAUAAAAACACUGUCUUUCCUUUGAAUCCCCGUUACUAUGUCCUACACUCUAAAACAUUGCACUGUUAUUUUUAUUACACUGUUUUUCAAAUACAAAUUGAAAAUUUAUUUGAAAUAAAUCUUUACUUUAU